AUGGACUACACCAAGAACCUCAGUGACUCGUCGCCGGAGACCCAAAGUACCAUUUCCGGCCACAACUCCAAAGAGCAGUCACCAUCCGAUAAUGACAGCUCGCUCCGGGGUCUGGAGAAGAGCCCAUUAGAAUCGACGGAAGAGAUUGUCACAGACGUCCGAAAGGCUAAAGGUGUCUCGACCUGGAAGUGGGUAUUGACUCUGAUAACCGUAUACGUAACCGGUGCUCUAUAUGGACUUGAUACGACCGUUGCCGCAGAUGUUCAAGGAACUGUUCUUGAACAAUUCGGUGAACCGGAAAAACUGGCCUGGAUUGGAGUUGGAUUUCCAUUGGGUAGUGUUGCCGUUAUCUUGUCAAUGGGGAAAGCAUACGGCAUUUUCGAUGUGAAAUGGCUAUUCUUUGCAACAGCUGUGAUGUUUGAAGUCGGUAGUGCCAUUUGCGGCGCUGCACCCAAUAUGAAUGCACUCAUCAUUGGAAGAGUUAUUGCUGGUGCCGGAGGAGCUGGCAUAUACCUGGGAGGAUUAAAUAUCUUGUCUUUAUUGUCUUCCCCACGCGAACGUCCUCUAUAUAUUGCAGGAACAGGAGUGUCUUGGGGUGUUGGGACUAUUCUUGGCCCAAUCAUUGGAGGGGCCUUUGCGGAGAGCUCUGCCACCUGGCGCUGGGCAUUCUACAUUAAUUUGGUUAUUUUCGCUGUGACCUGUCCCGUUUACAUAUUCGCCAUCCCGUCGCUGGACCCCCAACCGACUCUCAAGCUUUUCCAGAGGCUGGCUGCAGUAGACUGGCUUGGAACUGUUCUCAAUGCUGCAAUUUAUGCUGUCUGGGUUUUGGCCCUCACCUUUGGCGGCGCUGAGUGGGCUUGGAGUGAUGGCCGAACAAUUGCUUGCUUUGUUACUUGCGGCGUUCUAAUCAUACUCUUUGGACUGCAGCAGCGCUUCAAGGUAUUCACUACUAAAGCACAGCGCAUCUUUCCGGCAGGCUUCCUGUUAUCACGAUCAUUGGUAUUGCAACAUUUCGCUACUGCCUGUACAACAACAACAAUCUUUGCGCCAGUGUACUACAUCCCACUCUUUUUCCAAUUCACGAGGGAUGAUGGCGCUAUUUCAGCGGCUGUACGACUGCUUCCUUUUAUCUGUGUCACGAUCUUCUGCAUCAUGUUUAACGGCACGCUUAUGCCAAAAUUUGGAUACUACCAACCGUGGUAUAUCUUUGGAGGAGUAAUGAUUACUAUCGGCGGAGCUUUGAUGUUUACAGUCGAUUCUACUACCUCGGCAUCUCGAGUAUACGGAUACAGCGUCAUCUUGGCCAUAGGAACAGGCGUGGCGAACCAGGCCGCAUACUCUGUUACCCCCGUAAAGGUGGCCAUGGAUCCGCGCUUCGGACCCCAAAUGAUUCCUGACGCUAUUGGCUUCAUUAACAUGGCGCAAAUCGGAGCCGCUGUCCACGCUCUGGCUAUCUCUGGAACCGUAUUUCAGAACCUUGCGUUCCAAUAUCUCCAGAGCGCUCUGGCAGGAUACGGAUAUACGGAUGCCCAGCUGCAUGGUGCCAUUGCAGGUACUCAAAGUCAGCUUCUUGCCCAAGCUACCGACUCUGUCAGGGCCCUUGCUCUGGAGGCUAUUGUCAAGGCAAUGAGCCGAGUAUACAUCCUCGUAAUUGUUGCUGGUGGAGUUCUCUUACUUUCAUCCCUUGGAAUGAAGACCGAAAAGCUCUUCAUGGAGAUGUCAGCCGGAGGUGCUUAA